AUGUCUUGUGGUCAUGUCGGAAGCUGUGCCCAUGAAACCUCACCAACAGGAUUACCUAGACGUGAACUGAACAAGCACAUUGCCAGACUUGCCAGAGUGGAUGGAGAAAGACCCUACCCAAAGAACUAUGCGGCACUAGUACUGUGCAGUGCUGAAAGUGGGAGAAAUAGUCUUUCACAGGGAAAGCACCCCAAAUGGGAAUCUGGAAACAUCAAAGCUGGACUAGAACAUCUGCCUCCAGCUGAGCAGGCCAAAGCUAGACUACAAUUGGUCCUUGAAGCUGCUGCAAAAGCUGAUGAAGCAUUAAAAGCCAAAGAAAGGAAUGAGGAAGAAGCAAAGAGAAGAAAAGAGGAAGACCAAGCCACCCUGGUAGAACAAGUAAAAAGAGUAAAAGAAAUUGAAGCCAUUGAAAGCGAUUCUUUUGUUCAGCAGACAUUCAGAUCGAGCAAAGAAGUCAAAAAGUCAGUGGAGCCAAUUGAAGUGAAGCAUAUGACUCCAGCAUCAGGACCAGCAUCAGUAGCUCCUGACCCGCCCAGCGUUGGAAAGGAAAUAGACCCUGACAGCAUCCCCACGGCUAUCAAGUACCAAGAUGACAAUUCUCUAGCCCAUCCAAAUUUGUUUAUUGAAAAAGCUGAAGCUGAAGAAAAGUGGUUCAAGAGAUUAAUUGCUCUCCGGCAAGAAAGACUGAUGGGCAGUCCUGUGGCCUAAGCUGUAGACUUACGGUUGGAUUGAAACUAACUUUGAAAAUUUAGGUUUUCAAAUACAAAUAUUUACUUUCACUCUUAAAAAUACUUUAGCCAAUUACAUAAAAAAGGAAAUCUCAUUUCUUCCCUCAUAGUCAACUCAAUAUCUGUUAACUCAAAUCAAACAUUAUGAAUAGUGAAUUUGUUAUAAAAGGUAU